GUCCCUCCUCACUUGUAAUACGCGAUUUCAUUCUUUCUUCCCCAACUCUUUUUUUCCUCUCCCCACUCUAGUAAUCUUUCUUCAAUACUAUGGCGGACGCUGCACAGAGAAGGCCACAUCCAACUACACCGACCAUCAAUACUGGUCGUAUGAUGAUGACUCGCUUUCUCAUCAUGGGAGUUGUUUUCCUGGCUAUGAACGUCUCCAAAAUGUUCAAGACUGACAAGGAUGUUGUUCCUUUGACUGCCGAGACAUGGCCUCAAUAUAUCGCUGAACAUCCUUACCAAGGAAAAGGUCCCGUUACUAACCGUUCUCCCUGUCCCAUGCUUAAUACUCUUGCCAAUCACGGUAUUCUCAACAACUCGGGUAAAGACAUCACCAAAAAGCAGUUAAUCGACGCGCUCACUCGCUUGAACCUUGGACCUCAAUUUGGUGUGUUGUUCACCGAAGGCGUGUUUUGGAUGUAUCAUGAUAAGAAGGCUCUUCCUGAUUGGAUCAGUCAGUUGAGCACCCUGGAUUUAGCUCAGCUCCAAAAGCAUAACGCCAUUGAACAUGAUGUGUCCUACACCCGACAAGACUUUGAUGUCGCUGGUGACGAUGCUUCAGCAGAUCCCAACCUUAUCUUCCAAUUCACUCAGUUUGCUAACGAAACCGGUUACAUCGACCUUGCCCAGGCUGGUAACGCCCGCCGUCUACGUGAGCUUCAAUCCAAGAGAGAUAAUCCCGAUCUCGUCUAUAACCUCUUCUAUAAAUUUUUCGGCUCCGGUAGUGAAUGUGCCUUGUUGCUUAAUGUUAUUGGCAGAAACAUGGCCGUUUCUGUAGAUCACUUCAACAAGUUUUUCAAGGAAGAGCGCUUUCCCGAUGACUGGACUCCACCGGAAGAAAACUUCUCUUUCGUUCGUUUGACUAAGGCUACAUACCAAUGCUAUCAGUCAUGGAGCAACAGCAAGGAGACCCUUGCCAAGGAAAAGCAAAUUGAAGCUUCGCAAGAGAAGGUCCGUUUGGUUCAACAGCAAUAAGUUCUAUAUCUCAUAUACACGAUCGAAAUUAACGAUUGAAAAGAAAAAAACAUUGAUUAAAGAGACUGUAUGUUUCAAGAAAAUGCGAGUGUUGACAAAAAGG